AUGAUUUCUUUUGGAAUAGUUUUCAUAAUAAUUGUGAAUUUAAUUUAUGGUCAAUUUAAUUUGUAUUAUACGGACUUGAUAAAUAAAAAUAGUUUAUAUCAUGAUUGUUUACAAUACAAUUCAGUCAAUUAUGUCAAAGUUUUGGGAAUAGACAGCAGAUUUCCAAAUCCUUAUCAAAUCAUUCCGUAUUGUUUACGACCAUUUUCAGAAGAAGAAUGGGUGGACACAGUUAUCGUACAUGAUAAUAUCGUAUCGAAUUUAACAUUUGAUGAAUUGAAAACGAUGAAUGUAACUGGACGCGAUCUGCUGUCUUGGUCUGCUUCCAUCGAUCUUGUCGAACGUUAUGAAAAUUAUUUAAACGAUUUGGAAAUAGAUUCGAAAUUCGAUCGAUUUUAUAAUUGUACACCAUUAUGGUUUGGAACAUUUUGUCAAUUUACAUUCGAUUCUGAUCAAUUAUUCGAUGAUAUCGUAGAGGAAACUUUUGAAAAAAAGGAUGUCGAGUACAUUGGAACGAGUCCGGAUAUUCAAUCGCAUCUUGAUAUAACUAAUUUGACCUGUUACCUACAUAUACAAUGUAAUCGUGGACCAUCACCAAUGUGCCUGGAUUGGCGUGAAAUAUGUGACGGAAGAAUUGAUUGUUUAGGUGAUGGAAUAGAUGAAAUGAAUUGUUUGCAGUUGGAAAUAAAUGAAUGUGAGUCAAACGAGUACCGAUGUCAUAAUGGAAUGUGUAUUCCUGAAGACUUCGUCAAUGAUCAUGCAUAUAAUACUGAUUGUCUUGAUCGAACCGAUGAAAAUAAUUUCGAUGAAUUGAAAAUCGGUAGAAGUUUUGGAUUUACUUUUUGUUAUCAAGAUCCAACAUUUCGUUGCGAAGAAUCAGAUCAUUUCUUUGGUUUACGAGGUUUCGUUUGCGGUGAUGGACAAAAUAUUAAAAUGCAAACAGCAUUUGCUAUGAAUUUUGAUGCGACUUCAUAUUUAUAUUGUAAAAAUCGACGUAAUGAAAUCAUGUGGAAAUCAACUCUAUCGAAUAUACAACAUUCUUGGAAUUGA